AUGAACGAGAUGGUCCUUCAAUUCAAACUGGAGUCAGCAGAUCCGAAAGAAUUGUUACCUCGUGUUCAAACCCGAGUUCGGAAUCACCGUAAAAACGUCCUGAACGACAACGACUUUGUUGAUGAAAUGGAGGCUCUAAUCCAGAAAAAUCGAUACUCAAGUGGCCUUGGCGACAACGUAGCCUUUGCUUUCGGGUAUACUGUAGGCUCUAUCGGCGAACCCAAAUUGGGAAAGGAAUCCGACGAAAGCCCGCUAGUGGUCGGGUUUGAGACAAAAACGUCUAUUCGGCGACUUCAAUAUGCCAAUAGCUACAUGACCCAUCUUGAUGCAACUAUUAAACUUAACACUAGCGGUUUCCCGGUUAUCGCUGUUGGAGUAUCGGACUUGUGGCGGCAAUUUCAUUUAGUAUGCAUGUUUCUAGUGUCCGACUUGAAGCAACCUCAGUGGGAACAUGCCAUCCGUUCAAUGUUAGAUAUGUACGUCACCGUUACGGGUGAACAAGGUCACAUCAACUACGUGACGAUGGAUGCAGAUGCUGCUCAACGAAGUGCCUUCGAAUCAAUUGCUGAUCAGUGUCUAAAUGUGGAGAGUCAACCAACGUACAUGAUGUGUUUUUCCACGUAA